AUGUCCAUUGGAGUGCAAGAUAGAGAUAGUCCCCAGACCGCGAUUGAUGAAAACCAACCCCUCCUCCAACAUGAAAACCAGCCCUCAUCGUCUGAGUCGUCUUACCAACUCACCGAGGAAAAAUGGAACUACCCGCGAUCAAACAUUUCAAAGACACUGGCAACAUUCUGGAGCUUCCUAAUAAUGGGAGCAAAUGACUCCGCAUUCGGUCUCGAAAAAUACUACACCCUCUCACAUACAAGCGUCUCCCUCGUCUUCCUCGCUCCAGUCAUCGGCUAUAUCGGCGCCGCCGUCCUGAACGAGCGAGUGCACUGUGCCGUAGGCCGACGAGGUGUAGCCUUCAUUUCAUCUUCCUGCCAUGUGAUAGCUUACAUCUUGAACUCUGUACAUCCGCCAUACCCCAUCCUCGUUGUGUCAUUCACAUUCGCAGGUCUGGGAAAUGGCCUUUCAGACUCCGGAUGGAAUGCCUGGAUUGGAAACCUCGAUAAUGCGAAUCAAUUACUCGGUCUGCUUCAUGGGUUCUACGGCGUAGGUGCUGUCAUCAGCCCUCUCAUUGCAUCGUUUCUUGUUGCGGAUGCUGGCUUGCCGUGGUACUACUUUUAUUACAUUAUGGCUGGAGGAGCUGCAAUCGAGUUUGCUGUCUGCGUUUCGAGUUUCUGGGAUUCUACAGGAGAGUCGUUCCAACUCGCUAAGAAACAGCAUCCCGGCGAUACAUCCGAGAAAGCGGGUUUGUGGAGUGUUCUAUCUACGAUGCCCUCUGCGCGGGUUACUUGGACCUGCUCAAUCUUCUUACUUGGAUACGUUGGCGUCGAAGUCGCGCUAGGAGGAUGGAUCGUGACAUUCAUGAAAGAAGUACGACAUGCCGCACCAUUUGCUAGCAGCAUGACGUCUACAGGGUUCUGGCUCGGGAUAACUCUUGGACGGUUUAUGCUUGGAUUCGUGACUCCUUUAAUGGGCGAGAAGCUUGCCAUAUCGGUCUAUAUCUCGCUCGAGAUAGUUUGUUGCACCAUCUUAUACCUGGUUCCGAACUUCUGGGCUGGCGCGAUCGCGGUAUCACUGCAGGGAUUCUUUUUGGGUCCGUUGUUCCCGGCGGUUAUCGUUGUUACUACGAAGCUUUUGCCAAAGCACUUGCAUGUCAGCGCCAUUGGGUUUGCAGCAGCCUUUGGAGGUGGUGGCGCGGCUGUUCUUCCGUUUGUUGUUGGAGUACUUGCGCAGGCUAGAGGUGUUCAGGUUUUGAUGCCGUUUAUCAUAGCACUUUCGGGGGCGAUGUUGCUUCUUUGGAAUUUCCUUCCAAGGAUGCCUAAAAACACCAGGGCAUCGGCUAACAAUAAUAGUGGGGCUUGUUAG